GCAGAUAUAGUGAAUGCGGGGUCCGGGGAGACAGGAUAUAGUGAAUGCGGGGUCCGGGGAGACCGGAUAUAGUGAAUGCGGGGUCCGGGGAGAGUGGAUAUAGUGAAUGCAGGGUCCGGGAGAGACCGGAUAUAGUGAAUGCAGGGUCCGGGGAGAGCGGAUAUAGUGAAUGUAGUGUCCGGGGAGAACAGGAUAUAGUGAAUGCGGGGUCCGGGGAGACCGGAUAUAGUGAAUGCAGGGUCAGGGGAGAGCAGAUAUAGUGAAUGCGGGGUCCGGGGAGACAGGAUAUAGUGAAUGCGGGGUCCGGGGAGACCGGAUAUAGUGAAUGCGGGGUCCGGGGAGA